AUGGUAAGUUUCGGUUCUAGGGGGAACCACCUCCAAUGACAAUUCAGCCACCACCCAUCUCACCCUUCUCACCCACUUAUCCACUUAUCCACCACCAACUGGAUCCCAUUGCAGAAGUUCUACGUCAUUGCAUUGGCCUUUGUCGGCCUCGCCGCCGCCGAUGUCAGUCAUCUGAAGUUGGGCCUGUCCGCGGACGGAGGCUAUGGACUCUCCGCCUCCUCAUCCGCCUCUUCAUUCGCCUCUUCAUCCGCAUUCUCCUCCGCCUCCUCUGCGGCGGAAGUAGUGCCAGGUGGCGAUUCCAGCUCGUACCAGCCCGCUGAAUACACUCCCGAGCACUUGAAGACCGCUGAGGUGAUUCCUGGUGGAGAUUCCAGCUCCUACCAACCCGCUGAAUACACUCCUGAGCACUUGAAGUUCGCUGACGUCGUUCCCGGAGGCGAUGCUAGUUCCUACCAGCCUGCAGAAUACACUCCCGCUAAUCUCAAGUCAGCGGAAGUAGUUCCUGGUGGUGAAUCCAGCUCUUACCAGCCAGCUGAAUAUACUCCAGCUGAUCUUAAGACUUCUGUCCCAGCGGCCAUUGGAGCUGAUACCUAUGCCCCAGUUACAGCUGCUAUUGGUGCUGAUACCUACACCCCAGAGAAGUUCAUUCCCCAGGCUGAUCAGGAAGCCCACUCCAAGUACAUUCAGGAGCAGGAGCAGGAGCAGGAAGCUGUUGUCCCCGGAGGAGAUUCUAGCUCCUACCAACCUGCUGAAUACACUCCUGCUUAUCUCAAGCAGACCUCUUCAGUCGCUGUUGGUGCUGAGGUGAUUCCUGGUGGCGAUUCCAGCUCCUACCAACCCGCUGAAUAUACUCCGGCUGAUCUUAAGACUUCGGUUCCAGCGGCUAUCGGAGCUGAUACCUAUGCCCCAGUUCCAGCUGCUAUUGGAGCUGAUACCUACACCCCAGAGAAGUUCAUUCCCCAGGCUGAUCAGGAGGCCCACUACAAGUACAUUGAGGAGCAUCAGCAGGAACAGGAAGCUGUUGUCCCCGGAGGAGAUUCUAGUUCCUACCAGCCCGCUGAAUACACCCCCGAUCACUUGAAGACCGCUGAGGUGAUUCCUGGUGGAGAUUCUAGCUCCUACCAACCCGCUGAGUACACUCCUGCUUAUCUCAAGCAGACCUCUUCUGUAGCUGUUGGUGCUGAGGUGAUUCCUGGUGGCGAUUCCAGCUCCUACCAGCCCGCUGAAUACACGCCCGCUUACCUCAAGCAGUCGGUGGUAGCUUCUGCUGUUUCUGAGGCAGAUGCCAGUUCCUAUCAGUCCGCCGUUUCCCAGACGAGCUACGUUCAUAGCCAGGCCAAGGCAGUGGUGGCCGGAUCAGCUGGUGGUUUCUACCAGAGCGCACAGCCCAUCGCCGCCUUUGUCCAGCGACAGGCUCCAGUGGUGAUUGGAGCCAACACCAUCACACCUGCCCAUCUGUACGAGGAGCCCACCUCGAAUGGCAUCGAGGAGUUCAAUGCCGAGAGCCAUGUGCCCGUGGCCAUUGGUGGCGACACCAUUACUCCUGCCCACCUACAGACCACCACCUACUCCAAGUCCGGCCAGGACACGCAGUACGCGUCGAACGGCGGCUAUGUUUACUAA